CAAACAUAUAAAUUCAUAAGUUACUGUAAGCCGGGUUCCAGGUUACCGUUAAGCGUGGUAUGUUAUCAUCUCUGGCCCUUGGAACUGUCACCCUGGAAACGCAAUAUAGUCAGACAAGCGUUCGGGAACAUGCAAUUUGUGACGAUUGUCCUGCCAGGACGGAUCACAGGAGCUUGUAAUGUUCUCACAAACGUCUCCUGACAACUAGAGACAAGCGGACCCACAACAACUCAAGACUGAUGAAACUAUUGUCUGAUUCUUGUAGUUCCAGAAAGAUCCGCUCGAGAAGAAUGACGUGGGCUACGCAGUAGAAUAUUCGGCGGACGUGCGGAGAGGUCAGUGCGGUGCAGGACGUGUUUAUUCAGCGGGAGAUCAGCGGGGACAUCCCGCCCAAAUCUCUCCCGUUCACGGAGUCACGUGCUCCGCCCACCUGUUCGUCAGGUUGCGUCUCGUCCUCGGGCCGUGCUCUCCAGUCCGCUAGGGCGGGUACACGUACGUACUGCCCCGCGUCAUGACGACAUAAUUACAUCGAUCCAGCGCACCAAGAGGACCCACUACCGGCAACUUGUCGUCUGUAUAGCGGCGAUGGGGGUUUCCGUGUCGCGGCGGAUCGAAGCGCGUACCAGGCAGGUCCAGCAGGCCACGCAGGUGGUGGCGGCGUUCCGCGAGGCUUCGUCCGAUGGAAGUAAGCAGUGGGCAUCGCCGGUGCCGGCGGCCUCUGAGGAGCAGGGCAAGCGUACGCCCGCUGAACCGGACGGUCGGGAGGUCUCGUACACGGACACAUCCUCGGCGUGGGCCAUGCUGCAGACAGGGGUACAUCCCAAGGAUAUCAACGUCGGCGCUCUGCCGAAAAAGACUAUCAAGAACGUCAAGAACAACAAGCCGGGCAGGAGCAACGGCAAGAUACACACCAGCGCGCACUGGAACAACAGAGGCCCCCAGGAUAACACAAGCGUCAUCCCGUACGAAAGUACAGAACAGAUAGAGUCAGACGACUUGUGCUCGGUGUGCGGAGUCUACACUGGGAACGAGAUCUAUCCAUGCAGAGUCUGCUCCAAGGUGUACCACGAGAUCUGUCUACAGAAGAUCGGCCAGUGUCAGGGCAGAGAAGCCGUCAGCCUGCUGAUGCGAGCCAAGACAAACAUCGGCUGGAGCUGCCAUGAAUGUGAAACUCUCGGCCCCCUUCUAACAGAGGAGGAAAUGCAAGACUUGAUAGAUGCCUUUGAGAGAUGCGACAUCAACAAAGAUUCCUCACUAUCGCUAGACGAAUAUCUGAACUACAGACAGAAGACGAUGGAAGAGUUCGACAUCCGGCUGAGCGAGGAGGAACUUGACCGAGAGAGGGCAAAGUUCAAGGUCAUGGAUGUCAACCAGACGGGCACCUUGGACUGGUGGGAGUUCCUCAACUUUGAGGCUGUUCGCAAACUCGGCAGAAGAAGUAAGGCCUGAGCGACAGAAGACCCAUUCUCUGGCCUUGCACGUCGACACAAAUGCCCGGAUGUUGAUGGACGCAGAUACAAAAUCCACAGGGACGGUGACGUGGAUGGACUUCCUCCGUGACCAGGCCCUGUACAUCCUGGCAGCCCGCCCGAACCUGCCCAACUUCCCGCCGGUCAAACAGGCCUGGGAGGCCAACAAGAGAUGAACCACCACCGCCUGUACCGCCUGCUAACUUUCGUCUCGUAUGCGGCUGUUGCCACUAGAAACGGUUGAUACCAUAACGUAGAAUUUUUUAAAACUUUAUUGGCACAACAAAAGUACAGCGACUUUCGUAAGGCACCUGUAGACACACAGACAAAUAUGUAGGCAUAACGAAAUUAACCUACAUACAAGACAAUAGAUGUAUCAGCUUAUACUACUUGUUCUAAGGUCUAAACAUUCUUUGAUGUAUUAGAAUGGUACGUUCUGUCGACGCCAUGAUGUUUCGUAACGUAGAGGAUUAACAUUUAGGAUCAA